GUACUAUUUCACUGCAACACCUGGCUUAUUCCAGCCCUAUAAUACAGCUGCGCUUUCCAUCAAAUGGUAGCAUACUUCGCUUUGCUAUACACGCUCGUCAUACGAUGGCGGAUGACACGGAGGACGUAGAGCUGGACUUUGCUGCUGACGAGCAGGAGAGGGCGCGGAGAAGCGCAGUCAUAAGACACCCCCUCGCCUCCUUUUUCCACCUGUUCUUCCGGGUUGUUGCCAUCGUCACCUAUUUGCUCUGUGACUGGAUCAGCGAGAACUUUGCAUCAUGUUUUGUCCUGAUCAUCACUCUGCUCUCUUUUGACUUCUGGUCUGUGAAGAAUGUGACUGGCAGGCUGUUGGUGGGGCUCCGCUGGUGGAAUCAGAUUGACGAAGAUGGAAAGAGCCUUUGGGUUUUUGAGGCCAAAAAAACCACCCGGGGCAACAACAUUGGGACAGAGGCAGAGGCGAGGAUAUUUUGGCUGGGUCUCAUCGUCUGUCCUUUAAUAUGGACAUUCUUCUUCUUCACCUCCCUGUUCUCGCUGAAGAUUAAAUGGCUGUCGCUUGUGGUUGCUAGUAUUUCCCUCCAAGUGGCUAAUCUCUAUGGUUACCUACGCUGCAAGACGGUGGGAGAGGAUGGCCUGCCUCCCGACACCCACUCUUUCACGGGGCAGCACCUCCUGCAGCGUCCAGACAUCAUCUUUGGAAUACUAUGAAGAUUACCUCCUACUCUGCUGUGCUUGUGUCUGUCUUUGUGUGUGUCGAGAUAGACGAGAGCUGCCUCAUUUCCAAAGUUUCAACAAACUGCAUCUACUUGAACGGCUUUGUGCCCUGUGCAUGCCUUAUGCUGCUGACUGUUCACUUCACAUGCUGCCCAUGGAUCAGUCUAGCUAUUAUGUCAAUAAAAGAUAAGUUCAUUUUACAUUUAAACACUCAGUGAGUCAUUGUUGGUUCAAAAAAAACAUAUGCUGCAAAUUCAUUUAUUAUUUAUUACAGAUAUCAGGAUUUUGAUGCACAUGUUCUUUGUCCUGCUUUCAGUAAAACGUUUGUUGUAAGGGCUCCAUGUACUUGAUCUGUGAUAGAAAAGGCAGGGCUAAAUCUGACGUAUGCACCCCAAAACUAUAGCACCGGUACUCAUGAAGUACUUUGGCCUCGUUGGAGGAAGAAGAGGGGGUUAGUGUGUAUGAAAUGAAGAAAUUAAAUGGCAAA